GAAAAAAAUCCGUAUCUAAAAAAGCAAUCACAAAGAAGAGGAAAGGUGUCACAAAGUCUACCAUACCAGAAUUUCAGCUUAUUUGCACUAAUCUUGAUGAACUCAGGGAAUUAAUCACAAAGAUUGAGAAUGAACUCAAAGAUCUGGAGGACAUUAAAAAGAAAUCGGGAAGAUGGUACCACCGGAAGCAAGCAGUAAAGGAAUUGCAUGGUACGUUGAUACGACUGCUUAAUGAACUGUUACCAUGGGAACCAAAGCUAAUGAAAGCAUUUCAAAGAAACAGGACUAGAUUGAAGAAGGACUAUGAUGACUUUAAAAGACAUCCAGACCAUGAUAAAUUUACCAGAGAAUUGUGGAGUAAUGAUGAAAGUGAAGUUGAUUCUGGCAAAGAUUCUUUUGCAGUAGUAUGCAGUAAAUCUUCAGAGUCUGCAGAACAUGUGGAAGUUCCCAAAAAGGAUUACCCAGACAAUGGUGAAAUGAAACUAUUAGAGAUGAAUUUAUCAGCAGAUCUGAAAAAAGAAUCAACUUCUAAAGAAAUACAGAAGACACUGCCCAAAUGUGUUAAACGACAGUCCAAGCAAAAUAGUUGUCUGGAUCAAAGCACUAAUGAGCUUUCUCCAAGGAAGAAAGCUAAGCUGAGCACUAAUGAGGCUGUGGCCCAGAGUUCAGAAAGUAGCCUGCAGCCGGAUAGUUGUUUGACUGAGCUGAAACAAUUUGAAGGGUCAACUCUAGAAUCGUUUUCUUUGACAGAACCUGCAAUAUCAGUAUCAAACUUUCUGAAAGGGACCAAACCUAUCCAGGCCUUGCUUGCCAAGAAUACUGGGAACAAAGUGACCUUAACAAAUCAAGUGUCACCUCCCCCAGGCAUAAAUAUAUCUACUUCUGAAAAGACAGUUUUAUCACCUUUGGAAUCAUCACUCACAAAACCAGCAUUGCCCUGCCAGACCAGUUCAAAGACUCCUUUACAAAUGGUAUACAAAAUGCCAAAUGGCCACUGUGUACCAAUAGAUAUUCACAACAGCUCUGUGAAAAUUCAAAUGCAACCUGUGAUUGACCCUAAAACUGGAGAAAAAGUCAUGCAACAAGUUCUUAUUUUACCUAAGAAUUUUCUUGUUCAGCAGAAGGAAGGAAAAAUUGUGUCCAAGGAUAUUCAGUCACUACAACAACAAUCAUCUGAGCUGCACUGUACAACUUUACGAGAAAUAUCAAAUGUCAGUGUGUCUUUAACACCUGUUCUGGUAACAGGCCCUGCAAAUGCCACCACUCAGUCACCUAGUACAAUUUUCAACAAGAAUAUUACCCACUUGUCACAAGUGACUGGUCCCACAAACACUACGCAACCAUUGCCUGCUGUAACUUCAGCAGGUAACUUAUUAUCAUCAACAAUGAGCCAAACUGAAACUGACAAAAUCAAGACUACAGUUUCAACUGCAUUCCCUGUGUCUUUGACUUCACCUGCUGUUUCCACAGCUAGCCAGUCUUUGAUAUCAGCAACAGCAUUAAGUGGAUCUAUAAGCACUGCUUCUGCCUGUCGUAGUCUUGCAUUACAGCAGACAACUGACUCUUCUGAAAGUAGGCAAGAGCUGAAGACAGUGUGUAUAAGAGAAUCACAAUCUAUUCUGGUCACAACACGUGGUGGAAACACAGGAAUUGUUCAAGUGCGAACAAACCCAGACCAGAUUUCACCGAGUAGUUUCUCUUCUAGUUCAGUUUUCACUUACGCACCUCAACUUCAGGCCUUUCUUAUGCCAAAAACCACAGCAUUAUCAUGCUCUGCUCUUCCAUCUGUAGCAACAGCCAUGUCUGGUCUCCCACAUAUUGGACAAUCAUCUCGUUCUGGAUUUGCCCCCUCAACAGCUUCUUCUGUUAACAUUCCAGCUUUCCCAGCUGAUUUUACCCAGACAAUGGAGCAGAAUAUCAAAUUCACAUUACAGCAUCCUGCUGUUGGGGGCACUUUGGGUCAAGGAAUAGAGAACUCCUGCUAUGUGUCCUCUCCUUCUUUAUCCUCCAUUUCAUUGGCUAGCAAUUUGAUGUCAGCAACUCCAAACAGUCCUGUUAGUGUGACUAGCAUUGGACAAAAUAACACUGUCAUAACUCCAAAUUCUUCUGUGCAGCAACAAGGUGAUACUAAAGCUAAAACAAAUCCUGUUACACAAUCUGAGUCUAAUUCAGCAACAAAUGGAGAUUUAAUCAGUGGUAGUCCAGUCCAGAAACUUACAUUAGUCACAAAUCCAAUUUUAUCACCCUGUGGGGCAUCAGGAGUCAGUAUUAUACCCUCUCUAGCAUCUACUGGUGUUAAUGCUCAGAAGUUGGUUUUCAUUAACACACAAAUUGCCAAUGGCCCAUCAACCACCAAUCUAGUUGCAGAGUCCUUGAAACAUAACCUUCCUUCUUCCCUAAGCAAAACCUUUGUUAGUGCCACAGAGCAACCACAGAUGGUUCUGAUCCCAUCUACAGUAGGAGCACCAAUAAGAAUAAAUUCAUCGCCAACUAUUGCUCAAGUAAAAGAUGUGAAAAUUGGACUAAAUAUAGGUCAAACCAUUGUAAAUACUAAAGGCAAUGCACAACAGACUCAACCAGUUAAUAUAUUGCACUCUGCCAUUUCUAAGGAAGAAGACAAAAAGAGCAUGGGCUUGGCGCUGUCUUUGACAAGUAGUAGUACUUUGGUUCCUGUUCCAAGUUUUGUGAGUCAAAGUGCUGUGUCAGUUAAUGAAUCUGUAUGCAUUGCAACAAAAGCUGAAAAUGCCUUUACAGUAACAACAGCAAAUGCACACGUAGAAUCUGUUUCAGUAACACCAAGUGCGACUUCUUCUGGGGCACGGCCCACUGUCUUGAUUGGUGGAAAUGAUCCCUCAAGAAUAAGGCCAAUUCUGGGUAAUCGACUGUGUACAUCAAAUAUUGGAAAUACUGUGGGUAUAUCAACUGUGAAGACAGGACAUCUUGCUUCAUCUGUGCUGAUUUCAACAAAACCAACAGUAUCUCCUCAAAACUUAGCACCUGCUUUGCAAUUUCCAGUCAUUAGCUUGCCUGGGUCUGUAGCCACCCCCCACAAAGUGUUGCAUACAGUUCCUCAGUUGGCAGCAGUUCCAGCUCCUCCAGUAUCAAAAAGCCAGUUGCCCACACUGCUUCAGCUUCAAUCAUCAGGAGUUUCAGCUGCAAUGCCAAGUAAUGCAGGUAUUCACAAACCUCAGAGUGUGUUGCCCCCCCCAUCACCAAAUACAGGUAAAGUCGUUAGUUUUCCCAGUUUUUCUUCCCUACAAUGCCAGCAGGUGCCUCCCAGUACAGAGAAACAAAGUCAUGCUUACACUUGUGCUUCUACUGUUCAGAUGUCUGCAGCUUCCCCAGCUGUAAGAAGCAAGGUAGGAGAUCAGUUGAAUGAACCUUGUGUUCAACAGAAAAUAGUCAUUAACACCUGUAUGCCUUUGGCACCUGGAACUCAGAUAAUUAUUAAUGGUACUCGUUUUGUUGUUCCACCACAAGGCCUUGGAGCUGGCAGCCAUGUUCUUCUUCUCUCUUGUAAUACAAAACAGACUCCUCCUCUAACUAUUAACCAUGGUCAAGAGGCUCAAGGUGUACCAAUUGUUAAUCCAAUAACAUCAAAAAUCAUGCUAGCACCAAGUAAUUCAUUAAGUUGGCAAAUAUCAAAACAUCCUUUGAAAACCUCUACAAAAAUUGUGAACUCUUUUGGGUCUGCAGAUGCUUUACCCAUUGUACAUGCAACACCCCAGAUAUUUACUACUCCAGCUAGCUCACAUACUCCACUGUCUGCAGCAACAUUGUCUGUGUCUUCAGUGAUAAAAUCUCCUGUUAAUAUUGUAGCUACAUCUUCUGUGGUUUCUGCCGUUCAUCCUCCAAACUCUCAUUUACCAAGCAACACUUCAGUGUUUCACUUAGACACUUCUAUCAAAAAACUGUUGGUCAGUCCAGAGGGAGCCAUUCUGAAUGCUAUAAAUACUCCAGCAUCAAAAGUUUCUUGCCUGUCUUCAUCACUGCCUCCUGUUGUGUCCACAAGCAGAAAUCCUACUGCUGUCUUCCCUGCAUCUCAGUCAUCUUGCCUUGAUAAACCUGACAAAGCUGCAUCCUGAAUUUACCGCAAAUGAGCCACUUUGGAAUUUUGGGGCAUUCUUCUGACUCUGGAAGUUGUAACUUUUGAAUAAUUUCUUACAUUGUUUGAAACAGUUGAUUUACUCAAAAUUACUUCAGAUUACAAUUCUUUCCUGUUUACCGGUGGGGCUUAGGAGGAAGAAAAAUUUAUUUAGUUUGCCAGAAGUUUUCAGAGUUCUGUAGUGAAAAGGUCAGAAAUGACCAAUGAGUUCGUUAAACAUUUUAGUUUGGAGAAAUCUAGCCUUUUGCACAUGUUCCAUCUUACAGUAUGGACUGUUUGCCAGUGUGUUUAUGACAGUAUGUAUCUCCUUUUUAUUUGUCAAACUUAUUUUUGAUUUGUUUCUGUAAAAAAAAAUAUUUAUGCAUUGUAAAAAUGCAGUCUAUGGUGUAGAAUUGUACAUACUCAUUAAUUCCUAACAAUCUGUACUAAACUAUGUGUACAAAGAACUAUGCUGUCUUAUUUAUGUUUUGUUUACAUAAUGUAUAGUUUUUUAAGUAUUUUAGUAACUUUGGACCAGUGUACUGUUUAGCAACAAUGCAGAAGGAUCUGCAUAUAAUA